CUGGCCAACGUCGUCUGUUCAGAGUCGCGCACGCGUCGUCGUGCGAUUAUCACACGCUUCGAUUCGUCACCGAAGCCGCCAGUGUCGUCGCAGACGACGACGCCUGCGACCACAGAGGGAUCUCUCGCGGACGAAUGCACACCUCCGGCAACGACGACGCACAACUCUCCAGAAGACGGCUCCGCCAAAUCCAUCACGGAUACGCGACCCGGUACUCUUGGAUCGAUACAGUUCACGGUGCUGUACAAUCUGGAAGAGAAGAAGCUCACAGUGCAUUUGAUCCGGGCAAAGAAUCUGAAAGCGAUGGACAGUAAUGGCUUCUCGGAUCCGUACGUCAAGUUGCAUCUGUUACCAGGCAACGCCAAAGCCACGAAAUUGACGUCGAGAACGAUCGAAAAAACAUUGAAUCCUGAAUGGAACGAAGAGCUUCACUAUUACGGCGUCACAGAGACUGAUAAACAGAAGAAAACGCUGCGGAUCACGGUACUGGAUCGGGAUCGUAUCGGUUCGGAUUUUCUCGGUGAAACUCGAAUUGCAUUGAGGAAACUGCCAAUAAAUACGCCAAAGAAGUUCAACCUCUAUCUCGAGCAUGCCAUCCCGAUUCCACAACCUCGCCAAGAAACUGAUGCAAUACGCGGUAAACUCCUACUUGCGCUACAGUACAAUAUCCAGCAAGGCUCACUAUUCGUGACUAUCAAACGUUGCGCAGAAUUAAUAGGAAUGGAUUCAACGGGAUUCUCCGAUCCUUACUGUAAAGUUUCGCUCACACCUGUCACCUCUAAAGCUCACCGACAACGAACCUCCAUCAAGAAGAGGACCCUCAAUCCUGAAUUCAACGAGACACUCACUUUCAUCGUCCCGUUCAAGGACUUACCCAAGAAAACGCUUCAGGUCGGCGUUUACGACCACGAUCUCGGGAAACAUGAUGACUAUAUCGGAGGAAUCGUCUUGUCGACAGCAGCGAAAGACGAACGAGGUAAGCAAUGGAGCAGCUGUAUAGAGAAUCCUGGUCAAACGUUCGAAUCGUGGCAUCAACUCGAACUGGACUUAGUUCAACGAUUUCUCGCAGGCUGCAGUGCCGGUGGUGCUUCAUUUCCGAUGUCUCAAUAUUUCUCUAUUCAGAUGUGA